GUACAUUACAUGUUGGAGUGACGAUGGAGUUCGGAAAACAACCUUCUCUAAUCACUCUCAAGCGGUCCCUUUCAAACACCCUCUCAAGUCUCAUUACAAAUUACAAUCUCACUUUGCGGCAGAAGUUUGUAUCGCUAACUUUCGAUGGAGGGCGUCCUUCAUAUCAGUUUGCGGCGGGAUCGGAAUCGGAGGCGAGGAUGUGUGGACUAGUAGUAGGAGGGGACGUUGCAUGCAUGUAAAUAUCCUUUGGGAAGUUCUCGUUUAAUGUAUCUGAUUAUUACAGAAAUGAGGACAUCUUGCCUCCCACAAUGCCCAUGAUAAUUAGUCAUGUCAGCCAAUGAUGUGGAUGUAGGCCCUCUGCUGCUAGAGAUUGCCUUUGAUGACCUGACGUUCCAUGAAUGCAUCGGUGACGGCACGUUUGGCAGUGUCUACCGAGCCAGGUGGAUCUCGCAGGAUAAAGAGGUGGCAGUGAAAAAAGUCUUGACCUUGGGGAAAGAGGCUCAAGUUCUCAGCUGCCUGAGCCACCGUAACAUCAUCCAGUUUUAUGGAGCAGUGACUGCUGCCCCUAACUACUGUCUUGUUAUCGAAUAUGCUGCUCUUGGGUCCUUGUACUCCCACCUUGCCGAUCCAGCCAACAUUGUUGAUUUCAAACAGAUACUCACUUGGGCAAGGCAUGUAGCUUUAGGUAUGAACUAUUUGCAUAAUGAGGCUGCAGUCAAGGUGAUACACAGAGACCUGAAAUCAAAGAACUGCGUCAUCUGCGACGGAAUGAUCGUUAAGCUGGUUGAUUUUGGGGCCUCCCGUUUCCAUGGCAGCACCGCGGUGAUGACCAUGGCAGGUACCUUCCCCUGGAUGGCGCCAGAGGUCAUCCUGGGCGAGGCAGUCUCUGAGAAGUGUGACACUUUCUCCUAUGGAGUGGUUUUGUGGGAGCUAUUGACCAGAGAGGUACCCUUCAGGGGAGUGGAGGGGUACCAGGUUGCUUGGGCAGUGGUUGAGAAAAAUGAGAGGUUGACCAUACCGAGCUCGUGCCCUGACAAGCUGGCAGACCUGAUCCGGCCCUGCUGGGAGACGGAUCCCAAGAGUCGACCUGCCUUCAAGGAUAUCCUCAAGACGCUGGAUUGCCUGAUUGAAGACAAACCCUUGUCAGAAGAGACAGGAACGUUCCUCAUGCAGAAGGAAAAAUGGAAAACUGAGAUUGAUGAGAUGAUGACCAGGCUACGUCAGAUGGAACGACAGCUGAAAGACAAGGAGAACAAGUUGGACUCACGAGAGAGCCGCUUGCGUCACCUGGAGGAUGCCCUCGCCAGCCAGAUGGUCGUUCCCUUCGGUGCCGAUUCGGCACAUGAUGCCAACCACUGGAGUGAGCAGGAAGUUUACUUAUGGGUUCUGCAGCUCCAAGCUAAAGGCCAGCGGCGGAGCGAUCUGGCCCAGUACGCCAACCUCAUGCUAGAGCACAACAUCACGGGGCGCCGGCUCUUCUUGCUGUCUAUGGACGACCUCCUGGCCCUGGGCAUCAAGUCCCUGGGCCACCGCAAAGACCUACAGAUGGAGAUCCACAAGCUCACCCUGGACAACUACCGACUGCAGCAUUUCCCCCCGCUGUCCAGCUUAAAGAGUAUUCCUUCAAUAUCGGCUAAACCAGCCAAAUCAGACAACAGUAAAACAUUGUCAGAAAAUCAGCCAAAGACUUUCCACCUGACGCUAGUAUUUGGCAACCACUGCAGACAGGGUGCAGAAGCAGAGGAAUUCAAGUGGAAGGUGUAUGUGGAGACAGACUGCGAUGACGAUUCAUUGUGCUGCAUCAAAGAGGUGACGUUGGCUGUGGUCAAUGACCCAGCAGCCAAGGAGAGCCUGAGACACCCUCCAUAUGUCAUGACAAAAUGGAGGGUCAGUAAGCGGGGAGCUGACGUGAGCGUGGAGUGCACGGUCACAUAUCGGGAUUCUAUUAAGAAGCCCAAAUCGACCCGCCACAUCCACAAAGUCUCUUGUGGCGACAAGAGCCAGCCGUCGGAGAGGAAGAUUAAGCUGACGGGGACACUGCCUGCUAGGGCCAACAGCCCUUACCCAUCGUCUUGUGACUCAGGCAGCGAGAAUACGGGGAGUCUAGGUACAUUGCAGGGGGCGUGGCUGACAAGGAGGCUACCAAAUAGUGUAGAUCCGGGGCUGUACGAGAGCAUAGAUAAGAAGCCAGGUAUUUGGUCUGGUGUCGUGGCAGGUAAGGUCACGCCCACAGCAGUAAAAGCCACGCCCACAGCAGUCAAAGCCACGCCCACCCCGUCACCGACAUCCGUUAACCGCAGACACGAGGGUUUCAGCUUUGCCCCUCCGGUCGAUCCAAACACCCCUCCUCCCCAGUGGCCUGUCCGGAGGCACACUUCCACAGGCACACCCCCGACGCUGCCACUGGGCACCAAGCUGGCAUUUGCAGCAAACCCCGCCUCUGAGCAAGUGGGGGGGAGAUCGCAGUUGGACUCGGACGACGAUUCCUCCAGUGCAGGGUACAGGACGGCCAACUCCACCCUGUCUACCCCCUCACCGGAAGUCCGGAUGCUGAGGGCAGGGCAUCACCUAGACAGAAGCCCGAGUAAAUCUAGCACCAGUGGAGACCCCACGCCUCCCCCCAGCUCCUCCUCCCCAGGGAUGAGCGACCAGAGGUGGCUCUAUCCCCGCCCCCGAUCUGGCUCGGGCGGUUCCCACCUGGUCGGUGUCCAGCGGGAGGUACACCGGCAACGGCUGCCCAGCCCAUCCUCGCGUAGGCAGCGGAGAUCCGGCGGCGUGGUGAGCUGCAGCCAGAACCCCAGGAUCACUGAAUGGGGCCGGGAUACCGGGGAAAUCAAUGCAAAGAGCGGGGCCCAAUCUAAGGUCACCGAUGGAGGUCAGUCAGGGUCAGAGAGAGGAUAUAAGAGAAACAGUUGGGGAGGUCAAUCCUCAAAUGGGAAGUUUUGAAUUUGUGCCAGAAAAGGAAAUGUGACCCUGUCUGCAUAAGUCAUGAAAGCAUUGCCACAUAUAAGGAUCAUAUAUUACGAUAUGAUUUCUAUGUGCAUUUACAGUUGUGUGAGUAAUUGUGGAUAGCCAUUGUCAGAGAAAAAUGUUCCAAAGUAUGUUUAAUCAGACAAAAAUACAAAGUGCUUUCACUCCACAUUGAUGUACUGUAUAUUUUCACAUUGGCCCCAGAGAGCCGUUUGCACAGAAUUUAUACAACUCUUCUCAUUGAAACGUCUUCAUUGCAUCCCUCUAUUAAGUGACAUUGCCACAACAGUGGACCAACAUCAGCUCACAGUCUACCAAGUAGUGUCCAUAACCGCUGCCUUGGGCUGUGUACUCCCUAGGGAACUGAGAUUGUUUCAAGAAUGAUUACAGGCCUGAUGAGCGGAGGUAAUAAUGAUGUCAGUGCAUUGAGACUGUGUGUGAAAUGUGCAAUACAGGGCGAGCCUCCACCCAAAAAAACUAACCCACAAGUAACAUUGAUUUUUCUCCCAAAGUAAUUGUCAGGAAUUGUUGGUUUAGGUAUCAAAUCAAAGCUUGAUUUUCAAAUCGUACAACUUCAUUUAAAUCUGAUUAUGAGUUGCAGAGAUAUUUUCAAUACUGGCGAUUCACAAUACAGGGCUCCACCAAGAGUUUGUCACAGACAGGCCACUUUCAAGCUACGGUCUACACGCUUCAGCGAUGAAACGGAGGUUGGUAUGUAACUUAGGGACAUUAGAUCGAGUCAUUCCCUUCACCUCUCAAAACUUUCAUUUUGACUACCUGACACUCAUUCACAAUAGGCAAUUUCGAAUUUCAACCAAGACAAACAAUUAGGAAAAAUUAAAGUUUCCCAUGCACAGGGCAGUUAACAAAUGAGACUUUGUCAACAAUGAAUAUCCCAUAAUGCCCUUUGAAAAGGCCUCUCCAUGACAACCUCUUGGUGGCGCGAUACACUGUGAAUCGCCUGUAUUAUGUAGCACAACUCACCUUUUAUUCUGUCCAAUGGAUGCUUAUACAGUUGAUCUUGCCUGUGGAUGCAGUCACUGAAUUCAAAUCCCAAAUUAUCACACAACUGUUUGGGUGCGUUACUCUGUAAAUUUGAAAAUUAUGCCUUUUUCAGAAGGCACUGGUUUUAAUUGAUUUUGUAGUUACAGAGUUAAAUGAAGUUGUUUCAGAGAAAGCAACUUCGGUUGAGCCUGUGCUAUUUUCAAGAUGUAUUUUUUUUUGUUUUGUUUUGUUAUAUGAGCCUGUGCUAGUUACGUCCCAAUUUCUAACAAGGUGCUGAUCUACAUGCAUCUGUAAACAUAAACGACUUUGAACUAAUUCAGGAUCCUGUUUGCUUGUUGGUGGUUUUAACAUAAUAGAACCCUGUUCUGCACCAAGAAGUUCAAUAUCUGCUCUUUGCAGGCCUUUCCAAUGGUCCAUGUGUUAACGCAUAUUAUUCAAGAGCUUAAAACAUAGCGUUUUGAUUGUUGUGGUAAAUCUCAUUGGACAGAACAAAGAUGCACUAAUCAUGGUUAUCUACACAAUAUAUCAAAUUUAAAUGAAGUCUUCAGACUUGAAAAAAACAUUGAAGCUCCAAUUUGAUACCAAAAACAACAAUACUGACAUUUAUUUUUAGAGGAAUAUAAAUGCUAUUUUGAGUGCCUUUUUUUAGGGGGGGUCACCCUGUAUAAGAACGCUCCUUCAUUACCUCCUUGGACUUGUCAGAUAUUGUGAGUGCGUGCUGCACCAUUCAGAACCAGCCAUGCAAGAGAUGUAUGUAUGUAUGUAUGUAUGUAUGUAUGUACAUGUUCAGAGUUGGAAAAGUUUGGUAGUUGAACCCAAAACCCACCCAUGUCAGACAAACAUUGUUCGAUCUUACACAUCCUCCAUGAAGCUCUCACCUAAAACUUUUUCAAUCUUGCAUCUCCACAGUAUUAACUACAUAUUUUGUGUGUCAGUGUCACUGGACAUUUUUUAAUACUUUUUUUUAGCUUCACAGUGUGUGUUGGGAAACUGUUGCCAGAUUAUGUUUCUCCACGUUCAGCCUUUUCAGUGUGGAAUUUGCAAAGACAGUUGCCUCAACGAAUGUGUUACGCUGGUAAAGUUUCUGAUGCCUUCAGCUACUGUUUUUGUUAUGGGGGGUGUUUGUUUAUUUUUUUCCUGGUUUUUCCUAUGAAUACAAAGCUGAAAGUAAUUUUUUAUAAACUUAACACAGAGGCAAUAAGCUUUGUCCUAAAUUUCAUUUGACUUCUUUUUUUUCUGCGGGGGGGGUGGUUGUGUGUACAUAUUUGUGUGUGUUAUGUUAAUUUUUUAAAUAUUAAUCUAGAGGCAGGCCUCUACAUUUCUCUUUAAGUUUGAAACUUUGUAGUGGAGAGUUGAUUUGCAGGAAGCAGCAUUAAAUAAAACCUCACGAAGUGCCCGUGCUUGGCUGAAGUUGAAUAGAUUUUUGCCACAAUUUUGGAAAGCAACUAAACUUUUAAUGAGGAAAACAGCAUGUUCUACAAUUGGUUUGGUUUUCAAAUUGACACUCUCCUACUGUUUGUUAAUUGAAGUAAUGUAAGUUUCCCACUGCGGACCUUUUCAGAGGGUGCAAUUCGUCUUUGCUUAAGCUCAAAAUUCAUCCGUUGCUUAAAAGCCAAUGAACUUGAAAAUUUAUUUAUGAAGUUGCUACAUCCAGGAGCAUCGGAAUAAGUACUUUAAGAACACCAUAUCUGUCUUUCUUGAUUGGGCCAUGAAGUGCAAUUUGCUAGAAUUGAAAACUUAAACCUCUGUUUGCUCAAAGAAGGAAGCGAGACAGUUUGCUCUAGGUUUUAUUGGUAAUUGUCUGCCUUUAUCUCACGAAAUUAAGAUUCAUUACUGAUGUGGGGCAGUAUAUGGCAUUUGAGGAAGUCCUCAAUUACAGACAGAGACAAACUGGAACACAGAUUAGCAUCUUUGACAAAUUUUUAGUGGAGGUGUUGAUAAGUUUGCAUUUUCUUGGACCGUGAGUGCAUGUUUUAAGUUGACAUUGCAAGAUGUAUGGCCGAGACAAAAGUCGACACAGAAAUAAGCAAUUCCUCUUAAGCCACACAAUGCAUCAUACUCGUAAGACGUUGGUUUCGAAUUGCCUUCCACUCAUUCCCAGGCAAUUGUCAAUCAAAAUCUUACAUUUAUCGUGAAAAUAACGACAGUGCAGUCUUCUUGUAUGGAAAAAUGGUUUGGAUGGAUCAACUCGACAGGAUCCGUUUAAUGUUGGCCAAAAUAAAACACCGUUUGUAAAACGACAAUGUGUAAUUCACUACUUAAUUAACAGGCCGAUUGCGCCCGCUAAAUCACGUUACCUGUAGUGGGUAUCAACCCCAUAUCAACGUGUGUUUUGAGUAUUCACAAACAAAGCCAAUUCACAGUAGGGACCCCAGCCCAUCAGUAGUCCGAGUAUGGUACAUACAGUCAGCUUUAUGAUUUGAAAAAAUGAUACUUAUGAAGCACUUUGCUUUUGGUGGGCGCGGUGUUUGUUGACAUUUAAAACCCACUGUAGGUCACAUGACUUUAAGCGGGUGCAAUCGUUCUAUUCAAAAUGUCCGUAGCGUUGUAUGUAUGAGGGAUACAUUGUAAUCGUGUAACUAUUUUCACAUGUGCAUAAUGAAUUGUACAAAGAUAUUAAAUACUUACAGCAUGACAACCGUUGACUGAACGGAGUGACCAUUGUGUAAUAUAUAAAAUAACUGUAUGGCGAUAUCACGAAGCAGAAUCUGUCCGAAGGGUAGAAUUCUUCGAGAAUAAUACUGCUUGAGCCCAAACGUCAACCACUCCUAACUUUACAAUAGGCCUGUCAUACGUUUGCUUAUAUAGAAAGAUUUAAACAAAUGGUGUAAGCCUUGAACGAGAGAUUGAGAAUAAAGUUCA